AUGCAGGAGACCUCAGCGAGUAACACGCGGAAUUUGGUGCUGUCGGUGUGCGACUUUAAGCUGCAUCACCUGCCUGCAGCAGGAGCAGCAGGAGCAGCAGGAGCAGCAGCAGCAACAGCAGCAGCAGGAGCCCAAGGCCGGGUAGGAAGCAAACUCAUUGUUGGUAGAGGCACUCAGCUGCUGCUGCAUGGAGGUGCUGACGAGUUCGGCUGCUACAGCGACCUGCACUCUAUAGAGCUCGAGAAGGCUUGCUGCCGCGAGUUGUUGGUUGGGGGGUUCUCAAAGCCCUCUGGCCGCUUCGGACAUUCGCUGCUGCAGCACAGCGGCGCAGCAAUUUUGUUUGGAGGUUUAGCUGAGGAGGAAGACGAAGAGCAGCAGCAGCAGCAGCAGAGAAUUAAGCUGGACGACCUCGAAUGGUCACAGCCGGAGACUGAGGGUUUGCCUCCGCAGCCGCGUGCCUUCCACGCUGCAGCAAUUUGCGGGGAAUAUAUGAUAAUCUUCGGGGGAACAACAAACGCAACAUUCACGGAGUUGUGUAAUGAUUUGCAUCUGCUGGACCUGAGGUCGUGGCGCUGGGCGAGCAGCUGCAUUGAAGAGGAGACAGAGACAAAAAGAGAGACAGCAGCAGCAGCAGCAGCAGAAGAGACAGAGAAGGAGACAGCAACAGAGACAGAGACAGACGAAAAGAGACAGACAGCAGAAGCUGCAUGCACUGCUGAGCUGCAGCUGCUGCUGCGGGGCCCUUCUCCUUCUCCUCGUUGCGGGCAUGCGAUGGUUUCAGUCGCCAACAGAAACAGAUGCAUCAUGUUCGGCGGCGAAGAGGAAGACGGAGCGCUCUGGGCUCUGGACUUUCAAGUUGCUGUUAAAAACCGCAGCAGCAGCAGCAGCAGCAGCAGCAGCAGCAGCGAGACAGAGCUGGUUGAGCGAGUUGAGGCGACGUGGAGUAUUAUACCGACGCAGCAGACACCUCCCCCCAGUCGCCGCUUUCAUUCAUUUGUGCUGCUGGAGAAUCGGCGGCUGCUGGUGUUUGGCGGGAGAAGCAUCAGAAGACCUCAAGACCCUCUGGGUCUGUACGUGCUGCAGUUAGAUGCAUGCAAGUGGCAGCGCCCUCUCUAUGAAGGAUCUUUGAAUCUUGCUGCGCAGAGCGAAGCUGUGCUUCACGAUAAAUUAAUUGUAUUUGGAGGGGCUGCAGAAGCAGCAAAAGCCCUCCCUUCUCCCCACACAAAACCUGGUGCCACGGAUGCGCCCAGCAGCAGCAGCAACAGCAGCAGCAGCAGCAGCAGCAGCAGCAACAGCAGCAGCAGCAGCACCACCACCACCACCAUCAGCCGGCAGCUGCUGUUUCUUUCUGUGCUGGAGAUAAAGGAAGGCGUUGCAGCAGCAGACAUGAAGUUUAAAGUUGUUACAGUAGGAGACUCAGGAGUUGGUAAAUCUUGUCUCCUCACGCGCUUCGUACAGGUAAAGCAGAACCAACAAGAAGAGAAACAAGCCUUAUUUCUUAUUUUGUGUAACAAGUUUGAUUUAGUAGAAGAGCAGCAAAUCGAUUUGCAGCAGGCUGCUCUCUUUGCUGCUUCUGUUGGGGCAGACUUUCUCUGCACUUCGGCCAAAACGUCGGCCAACGUGGACACCGCGUUUUUGAGUCUCGCCUCAAAGCUGGUGGAGCAGCGCCGUGCUGCUGCUGCUGCUGCUGCUGCCGCUGCUGCUGCUGCUGCUGCAUCGGGCAGCAGCAGCAGCGGGGGCGCAGCAGCAGGUGGAGGGACUGUCUCCCUUGUUCAUUCUGCUGCUGCUGCUGAGCAAACCCGCAACUCUUGCAGCAGCUGCGCAGGAAGGCUGCGAGGCCCUGGCGUUUGCUACAAGCCUUUUUGCCUCAACAACCUCUAG